UUCUACGCUCAGUUAGACAACUUAAGUGAAAGCGCGUGGUUGGUGAACCACCCCCGGACAGAAUGAAGAACGACGCAAAUUCGUUGGCACUGCUGAUGCUGCUGCUGGUGGGAGCUUUGGUUCUAACCGAAGCGAAAAAGUUCGACAAGUGCUCUCUGGCCAAAGCCUUGCUGGCCCAGGGCUUCAACAAGGGCGACCUCCGGAACUGGGUCUGCCUGGUGCAGAACGAGAGCGGCAUGGACACCACCAAGAAGAACAACAACCGCAACGGAUCCACCGAUUGGGGCCUGUUUCAGAUCAACGACCGGUACUGGUGCAAUCCGCAGGAUAAGAGCAAAAAAACGUCCAACGAGUGCAAGACCAAUUGUUCGGAAUUCCUGAAGGACGACAUCAGCAAGGCUUCCACGUGCGUCAAAAAGAUCUUCAAGCGGCACGGUUUUCGGGCCUGGUAUGGAUGGAUCAACCGGUGUGAGGGAAAAACGCUACCCGAUCUGAGCAAGUGCGGUUUGUGAAAAUACCAUACCGAAUGUUCCACGUUGUUUAGAUUGUUUAGAUAAGUGAGAGUGCUGUGCAAAUUGUUUACAAUUCGGUCAGUAUUUAAUAAGCAAAUAAAAAUUGAGAUACAAAA